AUGGACUACAUCAAGCUUGCCAUCUUCCUGUUUAUCGCUUUGGGGAAUGUUACUACCUUGGGAUCUCCGACCACCACAAUUGAUGAUUUCGACAAGUUCGAUGAUAGCGAGGUAACAAGCUGAUAUUACAACGUAUUUUCACAUGAAUUCCGUCUCACAAAAUUCUUGAACUUAUUAAUAAAAGGUAUGGGUCGUUAAGCUAUUGGAGACCAGUUUUCACAGUGCCAGAGACUCUUGUACAAAUGGAUUAGUUGAAUCAAACAGCUACAUCCUUAACACCUUUAAAAUCUUACCGUUUAUUCAUGGUCAUGUGACGUGUCACGUGAUCAAAAAUUUUAAUGAAGGAAAUUUUCGAAUUGACUUCCUACGGUUAAAUGUUUCAGUGUUUCUGUUAGAAGAUGAGCAUAUUUUUACUUUUUACGUUUGGAAUAAAUGUACUCGAAAGUAGUGUAUCGUUGGUUUUCACAUGACGUCACUCAAAUUCAAACUACAAAACUAUCGAUCCUACUAAGAUUUUACUUUCAUGACGCAAUAGAGCGGCUAAAAACUAAUAUUCAUAAAAUUUUUCGCUUCGAAAGGGUUCUUGGUUUUGUGAUAGAGUACGCUUCAAUUUCUAUUCCAAAUCUCUACUGAUAAAUUUGGGUAAAACUUGCUCUCAUCUGAAUCUUGGCGACGGUCUUUGCAUAUUUACCUCCUUUCAUUUCCCAAAUUCUGGACUUUUUCUAUUGAACGGUUUUGAUUUUUAUUUUGAUCUACUUUGAAUGGCGUGACACUGAAAACCAGCAGUGCUAUAAAAGGAUGAGUUGGGUUGGCUCCAGUUAUGUAUGAAACGUGCUUUAUUCUUUAAGUACCUUUAGUCUCAGCUAAAUCGAAAGAAUGUUGAUGUCAUCGAUCAGUAUAUGGUAAUUCAGUAUUCAAUAAAUCGGUAGAUAGCAAUUUUAGGGCCUUUUAAUUGGUUCCUGUAACUCAGACUAUCUUUGGCUAUUCCGAACCUUCCCUUCGGGGGGCUACUUGUAUGCUAUACGUUAUCACACAGUGCUUCGUCAGAAACUUAACACGGGAACUUUGGAUAAUCAAAUCAGGGCCAAAGACAAAAGUGUAUUUUGACUGUAAUUUAAAACCAUGAAUGUUUCUGUUUGAUACAAAGGAAUUUGAAGGACUGAUGAGAAUGCGAUCAAAUCAAUCAGAUAUCAACUUAGAAGAGGAUACGGAUAUAUCAACAAAAGUCCAGGUAACAGUUUUGGAGCAACAGUCACUAGCUGUCCUGUUGCUAGCCUAUUAAUUUACAUUUAAUGAAUACCACCUCAAUAAAGAAAAAAAUAUUGGAUCAGUUGUCUGAAAUAAAGUAAAUCGAACGUCUUAUUAAAUGGCACAGGUCACCAGGAUUUAGUGCCACUAAAUCAGUGGAAAUCGAUCCACUAAAACUGGCCUGGGAUCCGUUUCUCGAAAGUCCCGGUAACUUUUCGGGCCCGAAAUCAAAUAUUCAAAUCGAAAUGUAAAGAAUAAGAGCGCGGGUCCUGGCUAGCAAACUACUCCACUUUGUUUCAUUAACUGAUAGUUUUAUCACGUUAGAUGCAAAACUAUUGAAACCUCGAUCAUUAAUGUAAACGGAGACAGCUUACCGAGCCUGUUCAGUUAAUAAUCGGGACUUUCGAGAAACGUACGGGCCCCUAGCCCGGGCUCCUGCCUGGCCUUAUACUAAAUGUUACCAUAUUUCCACACUCUAGUACAUGAAUCAUCUGUAGUUUAAUAAAAAAAACUUGGCUGUCACUAAGGAAGGGUAAGAAAGAAAGUGACUAAAACUUGAAAUGCAUGGAUUAUUGUUUGAUCUCACUUUGGAGAAAGAAUCUAUGUAUUUCUAUUUUCUUUUCAGACGAAGGCCAAUCUGAAAAUCGGCCAAAGUGCCUAGAGGGAGGGGGGGCACUUGACGGCAACCUUGGGUCGGGUGGUAUCGCUUAGGUCUUUAAAUCUCUUUAUUCUCUUUUUUUCCUUUUAUUUUGUACGCCUUUUUUUAAACCUGUUUGAGGACUCUAAGAGGACAACUUUUCGCUGCCUAUACAAAACGAUCUCCUCUUUUAUAUAUAUACAGUGUAUAGCAACAUUUGCACUAGCAAAAUUUGCACACUAUACCGAGGUUCUUUUUUCUUUUCCAUUUUACUAUUAUUGGGGUAAAGAAAAUUGCUCGAUUAGACCGAAGACUUCGUUAUAUAGAGGUUCGUUAUAUCGAGGUUUCACUGUAAAUAUUGAAUUUGUCACAAAUUACCCUGUGUAAGACGAAUGAUCGUAAAAACCAUACCCUGUUCAGCAGUGCACGUCUCCGCUUUGUCUAAGCAAAAGAGUCUCCCUUCUAGGGUGCGUUGCAGCCCGGGGGGAAGGGGGGUUACUCCCCUAUAAAAGUGACGAGGCUGCUAGUCGGAAAAUUUCGACAACACCCCUAAAAGGUACCAGAAUCUUGUUUUAUGGGCGUGUCCCAAAUUCAUUUCCAACCCUAAGAGGUACCAAUUCAACAAUAACAAAUUAUAUAACUGGCACUGCAAAUUUUAAUAGUAAUAGAGAUAACUUUCGAACAUUUUCUUCUCAAGGACUUUUUGAAAGUAUUUUCAUAAAUCGUUAUCCUACUAAAGCGUAUCAACUCUGGCAGCACACCCUAAGCGGUACCAAUCCCAAAAAUUUAGACCCCUGAAAAGGUACGACGACCACCCCCGUCACUUUUAUAGGGGACUACCCCCCGGGGCGUUGUAAGCGUUCGAAAGGAAAGGGAAAAGGGAUUUUGGGACAACACUGAAGAAUUUGAUAAAAUGUUUGCUUAACAUGAAUUGUUUAUUUCAAUAUGAACAGGCCCAAACGAGAACAGAUUUAAGAACGAGUGACCAAGAAGACCAAAAGACCAAACGACAAAGUAAAAUAUAUUUUCCUUCUAUACUGUAUAUCAUAGGUCUGGUGCUAAUACUUCGUGUUUCUUUAGGAGUACGAAGCAAAACAAAACAGAUCCAAAAGAGCUUCCAAAAUUAAAUUGGAGGCGCUGGAAACUUGUGGGUGGGUUAUAAAACCUUGCUUAGGAUGCCGCUAUGAUAUCUCGAAGGCCUUUCACUUGGAGCACAAACUGUCCCAUUAUAUUAUUAUAGCUAUCACUGCGCUCACCAGUUUCUUUUGUAAAGAAGCCUUCAUAGGGCCAAGAGGUGUCCAGAAUUCGAAACCUUGUGUUUUUAUAAAACAGAGUUUUAUAGAAUUUUUUUUCUUGCGUAAACGAAAGAAACAUACACUCAGUACUGAACCUCCUGAUACAUUGUAGAGAACAAAACAGAGACAUUUUACCAUGUACUAACUUUUCACAUUCAUUUUACUUUCACUGAAUUUAUUAUAAAUUUAUUUUUGCUUAAACCCUAGCAUUAAGGUCUUGGCCGAAGAUUGCUUGGUUGCCGAGAUGGACGCUGGGAUCGUUGAAGACUUAUUUUCAGUAGCUUUCAGUGAUCAUUUGAUUCAAUCAUAUCAUUUUCCAGCGGUCUCAGCGAUCGUGGCGAUCACGGAAAACAGUAAUUAAUUGUGUGUUUUUCUCUCUUUUUCCCCACGCAUAGUUGAUAAAAUCGCAGCGGCUGCACUGACAUUUGAAGUACUUAAAUCGCUCCUAGAUACCAUCAGUGGUACAAAUCGCAAGAUAGCCAUCGGCAUCGCUAAUGAGAGUGGAUAUAGAUGGGGAGCAAUUAAUGUUUACUUCUUCACAGGCGUCACAGACGAAGUCCUUACCCGUACAGUAAACACAGGUAAAUACGAAUUAAGAAAAGAGUAAGCGAUUCCGAACUAAUAAAAAACUCGUGAAGGCAUGAUCAAUUAUCAGGUCAUAAGUUUUUGAACAGAUCAGCUUUGCUGGAAGAGUAACAGUUGGCUUGUUUUCUGCUUUCUUGCCCACUCGCAGUCGUCAUAUCUUACAAACAAAUAAACAAUAUUUGUUUUAAAUCCCCUCUAGAGUAUAGCCAAGCAAUAAGCUGAUCGAUAUGAUCUUGCAGAAGUCUACUAUGCGCUCAUUUUGAUUAGUCAUUCCUUGUGCCGCAACAACAACGGUCGAGUCAAUAUGUGCCUUUCAAUUUCACUCCUGUUUCCGUUACUUUUCGUUUUUGUUAUCGUUUUUAGCUUUAGCCAACUCGGGUGAAAUAAUGAUGAUGAUGACAAUGAUGGUGUUGGUGACGGUGACAGGGGUGAUGCCGGAGAUUAGUUUUAUUAUUUUUCUUUGAAAUAAUUAUGAAAAGUUUCAGCCUUGGUAACAACUAGUUAGCGUCGAUUUAUAUGCCAAAAAUGAUGAACUGGUCAGGAAUACUCCGUUUGGAUAUAAUCUGAUUCCUUUUGCAUACCUAUAUCUCCACACCCAUCUCUAGGUGAAGCAAUGCUAUUUAAAGCACGAAGAAGAAACAGCUACUUUCCAUUUGGUGUGAUGGGAGUACUGACGUACUGUAUAAUUGACAUCGACCAAACACUGGCCGUCAUGUUUUCCGUCCCCUAUCUUCAGGGUCUGUACCUCAAUGUGUGGAAUGUUAAGCUUUUCAGUGGUUAUCAAAAGGCCUCACAUAGCAUGUUAGGCAAAAUGUAUGGUCGACGUCGCGGUAACUUAAUUGCUGAUGCGUCUUGGGAUAGUAUUGACUUGGGCCAUGGGCUUAAAGCAGAGGGUGCUAUGGCUACCUCUGGUGCGGCUACCCUACAAAUUAAAGUAUCCCGCAAGGGCCAGCAGGUUGCUAAACCAGAUUCUGGAAGGUUUUGGGGGUAG